AAAAAAAUUCUUCGCUCUUCCCCCUUCCUCCUCUCUCUAGGGUUUCCUCUCCAUCGAUACCUCAUCGCUCGAUCCGUUCUCGGAAUUGAGGAGAAGGUUUCGGAUCGAUUCUCUCCAUUUCUAGGGUUUCCAAGAUCUCGCCUUGGGUGACUGGGGCGCGCAGUUUUUUAGGGCUUCCAUUGCCGACCAUGGAUCUACCCCCGGAGACCGACGAGUUCAUCAGGGAAUCGAUUGAGAGCUCCCUCGGCCUCCAAAUCUCCGCCAAGAACAUGCAGAUGAAGCUCCUCGCCUCCGAGGACGCGCGCCACCGCCUCCAAGAUCAGAUCUUCGUCCUCGAGGAGCGGCUCCGCGAAUCCGAGCGGCGGCUGGAGCAAUUUAGGGCGGAGGCGAGCAUGAACGCACAGGCGCUGAGGCGGUCCAUCGAGGAGAAGGAGAUGAUCGCGUCCGGGUACAAUGAGUCGAUCAACAACUGCGCAAAGUUGGAGAGAGAGUGCUCGCUCUACGAACGCGACCUCGAGAGGGUGAUGGAGUCGUACGAUGAAUUGGCCAAGGAGAACGAUGAGCUUCGAGCGAGGCUACAAGACAACUCUGCACUGACAUCAUUAGCUGCUGAAGUCGAAUCUCUGCAAAGGGAGAAGGAACAAGUGCGGAUUAAUCUCAAUAGAGCGGAAGCAGAGGUCAAGGUACUGUUCGACGAAAACAAGAUUUUGGAUGAAGAGAACAAGAGGCUGCUGGGGCUAUUGAAAAGAGAGAGGCAUCUCAUGGGAUCCGAGGGCAAGCGCUCCGCCAGCGCUUCAGCUAAAGGAAAGCGCAAAUCGAGUGUGAAGGACAGCAGCCCGACUGGUCGGGCACUUGAUUUCGGUUCUGCUGACUCUUCACGACAGCCAUUGUCGCCUCUACACCAGAACACGCCUGAUUCGCGAAUGCACAAGAAGUAGAACAAUGUUCGCUCCUUGGUCAAAUGCUGCUGACUCAGCCAACUGAUUUCACUCUUUGGCUAAUUUUACUUGGUUUUUGUUGUGGACUGUUAUUUCAUUGUGUUUUCAAGUGAUUGAUGUUCCAUUCUGGCACAUCUGGUUGCACA